AUGGACAAAAUCUCCGUAGAAUCGCGGCGUGACGAGGAGACGGGCAGAGACCCCGACCUGGAAUCGCAGCUGUCAACCUCGCAGACGGCCGCAUCCCACGAACUCGCACUCGAGCUCACUCCCAGCAGCGUCCCGCAUCCCCAGUCUCUGGCCGUCGAGAUUCCGUUCAUCAUCACUCUAUGCCUGGCUCAGCUGCUGGCCCAGGCCGGACUGGCCCAGUGCAUUGCCCCGUUGCACAUCAUCGGCAACAGCUUCGGCACGCAAGAUGCAGGGCAGCUAAGCUGGAUGCCCGCGGCCUACAGUCUCACCGUGGGCACCUUUAUCCUCAUUGCCGGCCGGCUGGGUGACCUCUUUGGCCACAAGACCAUCUUUGUCGUCGGCUUCAGCUGGUACGGUCUCUGGAGCUUGGUGGCCGGCGUCAGCGUCUGGUCCAGGUCCAUUGUCUUCUUCGACGUGUGCAGAGCCUUCCAGGGCAUGGGCCCUGCCUUUGCUGUGCCCUCGGCGGUGGCCAUCAUCGGCCGCACAUACCCUCCCGGCAGGAGAAAGUCCAUGAUCUUCAGCUUGUUCGGUGCCACUGCCCCCGGAGGAUUCGUCCUGGGGGCCGUAUUCUCGUCGCUCUUUGCCCAGUUCGUCUGGUGGCCUUGGGCAUACUUUGUCAUGGCCAUGGUCUGCGCCCUUGUGGCAAUUGCUGGCAUCAUCAUCAUUCCACGGACUCCUGGUGCCGCAGGCGUGCGGUCGCAUGCACCGCUGUGGAAGAUUAUCGACGUCCCCGGGGCUGCUGCAGGCGUCACGGGACUGGUUCUGGUCAACUUUGCUUGGAAUCAGGCCCCCGUGGCUGGCUGGAGCACUCCGUACGUCUAUGUACUUCUCAUCAUCGGCUUCCUGUUCCUAGGCCUUUUUGCAUGGCUCGAAACCCGCGCGGCAUAUCCUCUACUACCGACAAAAGUAUUCAGCGGCCAUUUGGGCUUCGUGCUUGCUUGCAUAGCUGCUGGAUGGUCCAGCUUCGGCAUCUGGCUGCUCUAUCUGUGGCAAAUUGUUGAAGAGAUUAGAGGCUAUAGUCCUCUCCAGGGGAGCGCACAGUUCAGCGCCGCAGCAGUUUCGGGGGCUUGCGCUGCUUUCACGACCGGUCUUAUUCUCGGAAAGCUGCGGCCAAGUUUUGUCAUGUUUAUGGCGAUGACGGCGUUCACUGUCGGGGGUAUCCUGGUCGCGACGGUGCCUGCCCAUCAGAUAUACUGGGCUCAGACGUUUGUAUCCGUCGUCGUCAUGCCCUGGGGAAUGGACAUGUCUUUCCCAGCCGCGACCAUCAUCCUCAGCGAAGCUCUGCCGAAGGAACACCAAGGCCUUGCCGCCUCUCUCGUCAACACCGUCAUCAACUACUCCAUCUCCAUAGGCCUCGGCAUCGCAGGCACCGUGCAAUCACAGAUAAGCCCCGGAAAGUCGGAGCAAGAGAUUCUGAGGGGCUGCAGAAGCGCCUUUUAUGUGGGCAUUGGCCUCAGCAGCCUAGGCGUGGUGGUAGCGACGCUCUUCAUCCUCGACGAGAGCAGGAGGCAUGGCCGGGAGCAUCGCAACGGAGAGAAGCAGAAUCACGGAACCACGACUGUGAACGAAUAAACUUGCUCUUUUGCAAAUGAGUCCUGCGAAAGACAUACACGGGCAAAUCACGACCUCAACGGAAAUUAUGGGACUACAUGGGAAAAUCCGGGCAUGCAUGUUAUCAGGCAGC